AUGGGCAUCGAAACACCCUCGUCCGAAAAAGAAACCGCCGUCGCCACCUCCUCCUCCGACGAGGAAUCCGCCCCUCAGCCGUCGUCCUCCUCCAAGCCCGUCCGCUCCAUCACCGGCCUGCGCUGGCUCCUCGUCUGCUUCGCCCUCUACGUCGGCACCUUCAUCUACGGCCUGGACACGACCAUCGCCGCCGACGUGCAGGGCGCCGUCGUCGAAAAGUUCGGCCACGUCGAGCAGCUCGCCUGGAUCGGCGCCGGGUUUCCCGUGGGCUCCGUCGUCGUCAUCACCCUCUGGGGCAAGCUGUACGGCACCUUCAACAUGAAGUGGAACUUUGCCGCCGCCAUGGUGCUCUUCCAGGCCGGGUCCGCGCUGUGCGGCGCCGCGCCCACCAUGACGGCGCUGAUCGUCGGCCGCGUGGUUGCCGGCGCCGGCGGCGCGGGCAUCUUCAUGGGCACGCUGCAGUACUUCACCGCGCUGUCGCUGCCCAAGGAGCGCGGCACGUAUCUCUCCGGCACGGCCUUCUGGUGGGGGAUCGGCGCCGUGCUGGGCCCGCUCGUCGGCGGCGGCUUCACCCAGUCGAGCGCGACCUGGCGCUGGGCCUUCUACAUCAACCUCGUGCUGGGCGGCGUCUUUGCCCCCGUCUACGUCUUCGGCCUGCCGGACGUGCACCCCGUCGUGGGCAAGACCAUCAUGGAGCGCAUCAAGACGUUCGACUACGUCGGCCUGGUGCUCGGCGCGGCGGCGUGGGUGACUUACACCAUGGGCUUCACCAUGGCCGGUGGCCAGUGGCCCUGGAACGACGGCCGCACCAUUGCCACGCUCGUCGUCUUCGGCGUGCUCACGGUGCUGUACCUCUCGCAGCAGACCUUCUGCUGGUUCACGACGCCGGAGAACCGCUCGCUGCCGGUGCACCUGUUCCGCUCGCGCACGCAGAUCCUGCUGGCCCUCUCGACGCUGUCGUGCAUCGCCUCGCUCUUCGUCCUCACCUACUUCAUCCCCAUCUACUUCCAGUUCGUCCACGGCGACUCGGCCGUCGACGCCGCCGUGCGCCUGCUGCCCUUUGUCAUCGUCACCGUCAGCUUCAACCUCGCGUCCGGCCACUUCCUCUCGCGCAUCCAGUACUACAUGCCCAUGUACGUCAUCUCCGGCGUCAUCGUCUCGCUCGGCUCGGCGCUGCUCACGGCCUACCUCGACCCCUCGACGCCCACGAGCUACAUCUACGGCUUCACCGUCCUCACCGGCGCGGGAACCGGCCUGACCAUCCAGAUUGGCUUUGCUGUUGCCUCUCUCAAGUGCGACCCCAAGGACCAGGGCAACGCCCUUUCCAUCCAGAACAUCUUCCAGGUCGGUGGCCAGGCCGUCUGGCUCGUCAUUGCCGGCCAGGUCUUCCAGUCCACCGCCAUCAGGAACCUGACGCAAGUGCUCGCCGGCACAGACUUCACCGAAGCGGACAUCCGGGCUGCCAUUGCCGGAGCCCAGAGCGUCAUCUUCGAGGAGAUUACCGGCGACCUCAGAGCCCAGGCCAUCUUGGCAAUCACAAAGGCCAUGCAGCGGACUUUUAUCCUGGUCUGCGCCGGUGGUGGUGGCAUGAUUGUCACUGGGCUUUUCAUGAAGCGUGAGAAGCUGUUUGGCGAGAUUAUCGUGACUGGUGCCUAA